CGAAGAGCGGGAGGAGGCGGAAAUUGCCGAAGGAAGCCGAGCGGCUUCGACAGGUGGCUCCGAGAGGAGAAGCGAGUGGAAACUUUGUAUUCUUGGCCAACUCCGCCGGAAAGAAAGAAGGAAGGAAGGAAGGAGAGCCAGCUUCGGGGGCGGCGAGGGGCUCCUCUUUGGCCGCCAUGGGCGCCUGCCUCGGGGUCUGCUCUGUCCUCAGCUGCGUGUCGUGUCUUUGUGGUUCAGCACCGUGUCUCUUGUGUGGUUGCUGCCCUUCUACAAAGAAUUCCACCAUAACACGCUUGAGCUUCACCUUGUUCCUCUUCCUUGGUACAUUGGUAUCUAUUAUCAUGAUCAUUCCUGGAGUAGAGGCAGAACUCUAUAAGCUUCCAGGAUUCUGUGAAGGAAGCAACACAUUUCUAGGUGCCCACGCCAAAGUCAACUGCAAUUCCUUCCUUGGUCACAAAUCAGUCUAUCGAAUGUGCUUUGCAACAGCUGCUUUCUUCUUCCUGUUUGCUUUAAUAAUGAUCUGUGUGAGAAGCAGCAAGGACCCCAGAGCCUCAAUACAGAAUGGAUUUUGGUUCUUCAAGUUCCUGAUACUGAUUGGAAUAACAGUGGGUGCCUUCUAUAUUCCUGAUGGACCAUUUACACGUGUUUGGUUCUACUUUGGUGUUGUUGGCUCUUUCCUCUUCAUCCUCAUCCAGCUUAUCCUGUUGAUUGACUUUGCGCACUCCUGGAGUCAAAUUUGGCUGCGCAAUGCAGAUGAGGGCAAUAGCAAGUCCUGGUAUGCAGGGCUCUUUUUCUUCACCUUCCUUUUCUAUGCAGUCUCCAUUGCUGCGGUAGUGCUCUUAUAUGUAUAUUACACAAAACCAGAUGGCUGUACACAAGGCAAGGCACUCAUCAGCCUUAAUCUCAUCUUCUGUGUGGUUGUAUCUGUGGUGUCCAUUUUGCCCAAGGUCCAGGAUGCUCAGCCACACUCUGGUCUCUUGCAAGCCUCCAUCAUCACCCUCUACACCAUGUAUGUCACCUGGUCAGCCUUGGCAAAUGUACCAGACAAAUACUGCAACCCAACUCUUCUGGUACGAACAGAGGGAAACAACAGUGGCUCAUAUGUCUCACUUGCCAGUGGACAGCCAACUCAAUGGUGGGAUGCUCCAAGCAUUGUAGGAUUAGUCAUAUUCAUCCUGUGCACAUUCUUCAUAAGCGUCCGUUCUUCUGACCAUGCCCAAGUGAACAAGAUGAUGCUGACAGAGGAGAGCCCAGCCAUGCUAGGGAGUGGUAACCCUGGUCCUGAAGAUGGGGUGCAUCGUGCUUAUGACAAUGAGGAGGAUGGAGUGUCUUACAACUACACUUUCUUCCACCUCUGCCUCUUCUUGGCCUCCCUUUACAUCAUGAUGACACUCACCAACUGGUACACACCCGAUAAAUCUUACCAGAACCUAACCAGCCCUUGGACUGCAGUCUGGGUGAAGAUCUCUUCCAGCUGGGCUGGGCUUCUUCUAUAUAUGUGGACACUUGUUGCCCCUCUCGUGCUUCCAGAUCGUGACUUCAGUUGAAAGAUCUCAAUAACACAAUGGCCACUUAGACCGCGCAAACAGAAGAGAGAUGUGUCUAUAGAAAAUAAAGAUGGUAGCUCUUGGUUCCUUUACUUGAACUUGAGUUGUAAACUGUGGCUCCUAUGGAUUCCAAAGUGCGUCAGCUCUACUACUUUCUGUGUCCCCCUCCCUCUCCCUAUUGUUUUUUAGAAAGAUCUAUAACUCUUUUGCCUUUGUUUUCUGUGGGUUUUUCGGGCUAUGUGGCCAUGUUCUAGAAGAGUUUCUUCCUGACGUUUCACCAGCAUCUGAGGCUGGCAUCUUCAGAGAAUUCUUGCCUGGGAAAAG